AUGGAGCCUCUCCGGAAGAAGAUUCGACGAGUAGUGAAUAGUUGUCUCGAAUGCAGAAGGCGAAAGAUUCGGUGUGACUUGAGUUCCAAUGCAUCAGACAUAUGCACCGCCUGUGCCGCGCGGGGCAUUGCUUGCGAGAAAUGGGAACAUUCAAGUGGCGCUCCCGACUCUUACAAUCUCGAGCUCAGCGCAAGAUUGCGACGUGUGGAAUCUCUCCUCGAAAAGCUGACAGACGUUGAAUCCUUGGAUGCCGUCGAGGCUGCGUUGAAUGUGGGAUCCGGGGAUGGAUCAAUAACCGCACCGAUUGAAGGGCACAAUCAUCCGCCCCUUAUAUCUCUGUUCGACAAUGCAGUCUUUGGCCACCAAGAGCAGUCUACCCCGUCAAGUGGGCCCGAAUAUCGCAGUCCAUCCCAGGUUUCUGGUAUUCCGCUCAAUGCUAAGCUGGAGAAGCUGCGUCUUGUACUUAGCGCGCUUCUUCCCACACAGGACGAUGCAGAUCUGAUCGCAGCUUCCACGAACGCCUGGGGCCUUGGGCAGUUGGUCUAUGCUGCCACGGAAAGAUCGACGAAGGCAGAUUUGGAGAUAGCUAUUUUGUCGAAAGGCUCACCACUAACUAUAGCGCGCACAUUGAUGCAUUUUGCAAUUCUCAUCCAACAACUGCCUCCAGAAUUUGACACUUCGAGACUCCAGUUCAACUCACCCAUCGAAACUGUGCUACAGAAGUAUCUGUAUUAUGUGGUGGAUCUUGUUACGUCGAAAGACGAUUUUGCUUGUACGAUGGAGGGUUUGGAGUGCCUUCUUCUGCAGAGCCUAUUCUAUAUCAAUGAUGGCAACCUGCGCAGAGCCUGGCUGGCUGCUCGUCGAGCUUUGUACACCGCCCAGUUUCUGGGAUUGCAAAAGAGCUACCUCAGCUGUAUCCGGAAUUCAAAUGGCGAUGGUGCCAGCCACAGAGCCAAUGCCAUGAUGUGGACCCGAACCGUCAUGCUUGAUCGCUUUCUGGCUCCUAUCCUUGGGCUUCCAUGUGGCGCUGGAAGUGAUUGCUUUGGCGAAGAUGGUGUGAUGGUGCCUAUCAUCGAUUUCAUUGAUGUUUUCGAGCGCAGACUUUGCGUGAUUGCCGGGUUGAUUGCCGCACGUAACCAAAAAGAUCCAGCACCUGGGUACACUACCACGCUAGAUAUUGACGAAAAGCUUGAGAAGCUUGCAAAGGACAUGGGCGAUAUGCUGACGGAAAUUCCAACUUUACACACCCCACAUCCUUCCCCAGCACACGAGGAUUCUUUCAAAUUGGUCAUGAAUCAGAUAUGGUUUUAUCAGAUCACUAUCAUCUUGCACAUACCUUGGAUGCUGCGAGCGUUCACCGACAGCAAGUUUGAGUAUAGCAGAUUUGCUUGCUUAAAUGCGUCGCGAGAGCAUCUUCGCAGAUACCUUGCUCUCCGAGAUACAAACAACACUCAAAAUACGGCUCGCAUUGUUGAUUUUGGUACAGUCAUUGCGGCUGUGACACUGAUACUGAACCGGGUUGAAUCCGCGACAAGAGAUACUGCCACAUCUGAUGGAGAUAAAGACAUGAAACUGGUUUCCAAAGUCGUCGAUUCAAUGCGAACAGUCUCUCGUGGACCACGGGAGUUCAUGGCGCGCCAGGGGGUUGAGGUUAUGGAGGCGCUUCUAGAAUUAAAGAAUAGCAACAGAGAUCGCAACACAAGCGACACACUGCGAUUCACCAUCCCAUUCUUUGGGCCGAUCGUUAUUUCCAGAAGUAACACCCCGGCUGGUCCGACGCCAGCUGCCGCUGCUCAGAACACACUCAACGAAGACGAUCCAAUCGACAGUCUGCUUCAGUCAAACGGCGUUCAAAGCGGCCCGAACUUCAGCGGCAUCCUUGACCGACCUGUCCAUGGUCAUCACUUGUCAUUUGAGCAAGCGAAAGUGCCUGACUCUGGUUGGGUCCCUCCCUUGGAAGCGUGGGACUUCGACACGAUUCCUGACUGGGGCGACUCGUUCAGCUUGUGGGAUGUCCCGGGCUGGAACACCGACAGUCAAAAUCCUGUCUAA